AUGGGUUCUCAAGUCCGAGAGGAUUUCGUGCCGGCGCUUUUGGUGGUUGAUUUUCAGGAGGAUUUUUGUCCGCCGGUUGGUUUUGCCCUUUUUUUUUUUGCCGUUCCCAGGGUUGCUGGGACUGAUUCUGGGGUGAUGUCAGAAUGGAUCAUUAGCCGUGCAAGACGGUCGGAGCAUUGCGCCCGUCGUGAACGAACUGUUGCUGCUACCGUUCGCGUUGAAGAUUGCCACGAAGGAUUGGCAUCCGAGAGAGCAUGUCUCCUUUGCUUCGAAUCAUCCGCCGCCGGAUAACGUUCCAUUCGUAUCGAAUACUACGGUUGUACAUCCCGAUGGUUCGAAUAGGGACUACAAGACGCUCCUGUGGCCAGAUCACUGUGUGCAAAACACCCCGGGGGCAAAUUUGGUUCCGGAGCUGGAUAUCUCCCGCAUCGACGCAGUGGUGGAAAAGGGCCAGGACGCCCGGGUGGAGAUGUACUCUGCGUUCACGGAUCCAUUCCACGUACCCCCGUUCACGCCGGAGUCUACGAGUGUGUCCACUUCAGGAUUGCCCAUGAUGCUGCAUGAGAAGGGCAUUACGGAUGUGUUUGUAGUAGGGCUUGCACAGGAUUUCUGUGUCAGGGCGAGUGCCAUUGAUGCGGCUAGGUUUGGGUAUAGUACGUUUGUUGUGCGUGAAGGGACGAGGGCGGUCGUGCCGGGGAGUGGGUGGGAUAAGGCUGAGGAGGAGAUGGUCGCUGCCGGAGUGAAGAUUGUUGGGAUUGAAGGGAGGGAGGUUGAGAGGGUUAAGGGGCGCGGGAAGGAGGGGCAUUGA